AUGUCCAAUCAUCAUUACAAGUUCAACGUCAAGAUGGGAUGUCCCGGCUGUUCUAAUGCUAUCCAGGAAGCUCUUGGACCACUCAGCGGGCUCAAGUCCCUCGAUAUCAGCCUUGGCCAGCAAACCGUGUCCGUCAUCGCCGAACCCUCGCUUUCAUACAAUGCCGUGCUCGCAGCCAUCAAGGGAAAGGGCAAAGCUGUUCACAGUGGCGAAAUUGACGGGGUUCCUCAGUCUAUCUAA